AACCCCCAACCCAACCCCAUCUCUCUCUCUCUCUCUCUCUCUCUCUCGCUUCUGCUGCUGUGUUUUUCUCACCGACGACCGACCGACCGAGCAACCGAGGUUAGAGUUUGAGGAAGGGAGAGGAGGAGGGAGGAGGUGGAGGAUCGAGAUGGGGAGGGGGAGGGUGCAGCUGAAGCGGAUCGAGAACAAGAUCAAUCGGCAAGUGACCUUCUCCAAGCGCCGGUCUGGUCUGCUCAAGAAGGCCCACGAGAUCUCCGUCCUCUGCGACGCCGAGGUCGCCCUCAUCAUCUUCUCGACCAAGGGCAAGCUCUAUGAGUACUCCACCGAUUCCAGUAUGGAAAAGAUUCUCGGACGUUACGAGCAGUACUCUUAUGCAGAAAAGGCAAUUGCCUCAUCUGAUCUUGAAUCACAGGGCAACUGGUGUCACGAAUAUGGCAAACUUAAGGCUAAGGUUGAGGCUUUAAGUAAAAGUCAAAGGCACCUAAUGGGAGAACAAUUAGACUCCUUGAAUGUUAAAGAACUCCAACAACUGGAGAAUCAGCUGGAAACUUCUCUGAGGCACAUUAGAUCAAGAAAGAGCCAAGUAAUGUUUGAUUCCAUUGCUGAGCUUCAAACCAAGGAGAAGGCACUGCGGGAGCAAAACAAGAAUUUGGAGAAACAGAUUACGGAGAAGCAGAAGGCCAAGGUUCUCAUCCAGCAAGCACAAUGGGAACACCCUCAAACAAUCUCCUCGCCACCGCCUGCCUUCUUAAUGGCCGAGCCUCAUUCUACCCUAAACAUCAGAUCUUACCAAGGAAGGGCGACGAUGGAGGGGGAGGAAGCUGCAGAGCCGCAGGUCCGAAUCGGUAACAGCUUGUUGCCGCCAUGGAUGCUCACCCACUUGAACGGCCCCUGAGAAUAGUGCCAUUAUAUACAUAUAUUUAUAUGAUGACGAUUCGAGACGACCGUGUCCCAUCUGCGCUAGUCUCCGGGUAUGUCCGUCCAAUUUACUUUUGUUUGGGCGUCCAACUGUAUCUUCAAUAAGUAAAUGGGAUUAGAGAAAACCUAAUACUAUAUUAACCAUGUACCGGUCCUUUUACCUCCCUAUUUCUCUGUUUUUUGGAUUGAAGGAAAGACUGCAUAUAAAAAUAAAUAAAAUAUUAUUGCUAA